AUGAUCAUUCGUGAUUCAACAGGAAGAAAACUACCCAGAAGAUCCGAACGUAUUCCCAUCAUUCAAGAGAGAGCAAGAAAGCAACAAGAAUUCAUGAUGGAAAUGUUCAGAAAGACAAAACAUUUGUACCGACAAUACAGACCCUAUCCUUCCGAAUUGAUUGGUAAAGACAAACAAGUAUUUGACACAUCCACUGAGAGAAGGGAUAAUAUAGUAACUUUUAGAGUUGAGUAUGAUGAGUCUUUUAAUUCAGCUACAGCAAUUAAUGAAUCACUUAUUUCGAAGCUUGACAUGAAUGUAGCUGAAUUAAGAGAGCUAUUCCCUCAAGAAGAAUCAGAAGAGACAGAGCCAAAUAAUGAGUCAACCAUCAAUGAAGUGGAUUCAUUCCAAAUGCUGAAUCAAGACUCAACAAGAAUUCAUUCCAUUAUUGAGUUGGCUCCCAAUUCAUUCAAGAUUAUUUAUGAGGGAAAGGUUUCUUCGACUGAGGACUGUCUCUCAUUCAUUCAACAAAGUUACGAGGCUUGUUAUGAUUUGAAAGAUAAAAUGGUGGAUGACUAA